UGCAACGCGACUUAUUCAGCGAAAACAGACCAAUAUCAACAACUUUGCUUUUUCCAUACUUUAAGGAUGAAGAGCGGCUCAAAAACAGAACAUUCAAAGAAACUUGUCGUUGUUGGAGACGGUGGUUGUGGAAAAACUUGUCUGUUGAUUGUGUUUUCUACCGGAACGUUCCCCGAGAGGUACAUCCCUACUGUGUUUGAAAACUACAUAACACAAUUCUCCUAUAAGCCUAAUGGCAAAAUCAUUGAACUCGCUUUAUGGGACACGGCCGGACAGGAAGAAUAUGAUCGUCUUCGUCCUCUAAGUUACCCAAAUAGCAAUGUUAUCAUGUUGUGUUUCUCAAUUGAUUGCCCUGCUUCAUUGCAUAAUAUUAGCGAAAAGUGGUUUCCGGAAGUCCAGCAUUUCUGUCCCCGGACACCCACAAUGCUAGUUGGUCUCAAAUCUGAUCUAAGGAAGGAUAGAAAUGCUGAAGAGGUUCUACGUACUCAAGGUCUUACGCCUGUAACAUAUCAACAGGCUCAAUCUGUAGCAUCAUCCAUAAAUUCACCUUAUGUGGAAUGCUCAGCAAAGGAAGCAUCAGGAAUCAAUGAUGUAUUCCAUCUCGCUGUAAGCUUAACCAUGAAAAAGACAUUUUCUUUUUCGAAAAGAUCAUGUGUCAUUCUUUAAACCUUCCCUCUCUCUCUCUCUUUUUCCUCUUCAAUUAUUCAGGUUUCAUGAAUUGUUUUGGCUCCUCCAUUUAUCUAUUUUAAUGACCAAUAUUUUUGUUGAUUGAUUUGGGUCAACUUGCUUUCCCCUUGAAACGAACGUAUGAAAGAUGCUUUCCUUUUUUUUAUUUUUUGUUUUGUAUCGUUUGCUCAUACAUGAUUGCAAGUCCAAUGGCUUUGUUUUCUAUGUUGUUUAUUUUAAUAACGGAUAUCUAUUUUUUGUUCUUUUUUGAUCCUGAAAAAAGUAUAGCGUCAAUACAUUCAUAGCUCUUCAUAACCCUUUUUUGUAAUAAAAGACCUAGUUUAUAAUUCCUGCUGAUAGAGCGAAGCAAGGUUAAACUAUUAAUAGAUCAAAAUGUACAUAGUCUUUUAUUCCUCUUUAAGAGUCGUGAAUUCAUUAGAUUCCCA